CAUACACAAUGUCUCUCGUCGUACUUCUCUUCACUGUUUGUGUGGUGUACUCACGGGAAACACAAGGGUCCAGUGAUGUGACAACUGUGUUUAUGCAGAAAGGGAAGGAUUUACAUCUGCAUGUUAACAAACCUGUUGUUCUAGUAGAAGACAGUGACUUUAGAUGGAAAUUCAAUAAUACUCACAAUGUAUUAAGAUUAUUUCCUGAUAAUAGAACAAUAAUAAGUAGCAGUUAUGAAGGAAGGGCUGAGUUUUCUCUACAAAAUCACUCUUUACUUUUGAAGAAUGUGAAACAAAGCGACAGUGGAGAUUAUACUGCACUCAUAACCGCGGACGAAGACCAACGUCUAGCUGAAUACAAGGUCAUAAUUCAAGGGUCCAGUGAUGUGACAACUGUGUUUGUGCAGAAAGGGAAGGAUUUACGUCUGGAUGUUAAGAAACCUGUUGUUCUAGAAAAAAGAAGUGAAUUUAGAUGGAAAUUCAAUAAUACUCACAAUGUAGUAAGAUUAUUCCCUGAUAACGAAACAAGAGUAAGUAGCAGUUAUGUAGGAAGGGCUGAGUUUUCUCUACAAAGUCACUCUUUGCUGUUGAAGAAUGUGCAACAAAGCGACAGUGGAGAUUACACUGCACUCAUAAUUGGGGAAAAAAACCAACGUCUAGCUGAAUACAAGGUCAUAAUUCAAGAUCCAGUGUCUCCAGUCCAGCUGUCAGUGGACUCUGUGUCUAACAGCACAGAGUCCUGUAACCUCACUGUGAGCUGCAGGACAGAGCGCUCUCACAUCAGCAGCACUUUUGAAUGUAACAACCAAAACUGCUAUCAGAAGGGAGGAGAGCAAUCAGAGGUCACAUCCUCUGAUUCUUCUCUCCAUGUCUACUUGCUGAAUGACUCCAUCAUCUGUAACCAUAGCAACCAGGUCAGCUGGAAGGAAGACUUGAAGAAGAUUCGGACUUUCUGCCCUCUAAAUACUGAUCCAGUGUCUCCAGUUAACCUGUCCGUGGACACUGUGUCUAACAGCACAGAGUCCUGUAACCUCACUGUGAGCUGCAGUACAGAGCGCUCUCACAUCAGCAGCACUUUUGGAUGUGACAACCAAACCUGCUAUCAGGAGGGAGGAGAGCAAUCAGAGGUCACAUGUUCUGGUUCUUCUCUCCAUGUCUACUUGCUGAAUGACUCCAUCAUCUGUAACCAUAGCAACCAGGUCAGCUGGAAGGAAGACUUGAAGAAGAUUCGGACUCUCUGCCCUCUAAAUACUGAUCCAGUGUCUCCAGUUAACCUGUCAGUGGACUCUGUGUGUGUCAGCACAGAGUCCUGUAACCUCACUGUGAGUUGCAGGACAGAGCGCUCUCACAUCAGCAGCACUUUUGGAUGUGACAACCAAACCUGCUAUCAGAAGGGAGGAGAGCAAUCAGAGGUCACAUUCUCUGGUUCUUCUCUCCGUGUCUACCUGUUGAAUGACUACAUCAUCUGUAACCAUAGCAACCAGGUCAGCUGGACCAAAGACUUGAAGAAGAUUCGGACUCUCUGCCCUCUAAAUACUGCUACUAAUGGGAGACUAAGAAUAGGCAUCAUAGUCAGCUGUUUGGUCGUCAUCUUUGUAUUUGCUUUGGCCUUUUCAAAGGAAUCACUAUAUACCAACAGUGCAAAAACAGUAAAUGCUGUUCCUCAGGACAUCAAUCUAGCCCAAAGUCCUAAUCAGAAUGCCACAGACGAUGCUUCAGGUCUUUCUCCAGAGUCCACCCAUGCUUUGGUAGGAUUUCCAACUAGAUCCACAGGAUCCACUGAGACUGAAAACGCCACCCUACCAGAGACCCUUAAUGCUCCAGUUACCGAGGCUCCAAAGUCCAACCACCAUCCUGAACUGAAAAACACAGAUAAUAUACAUUCACAGGACUAAAUCAUGAUGUGUCAUGAUGGAUUCUAAGUCUAGCUUGAACCGUUCAUCCGAUCGACUCCACACUUGGAAGGUGUAUGGCUGGGGAACAAAGGGAGUGCAGUGUUGAAUUUGGUGCAAUGUGGACAUGCAGCACGAUUGGUAUUAAUAAACUUAUACUCUGAAUAAAAAAGUGAUCAAGCUCCGCUCUCUGCAGCAGUGGGCAGAGUUGAGCACAGCCGCUCAGCUCUGUGUCUGAGUUCAGUGGGGGCUUUUCGAUAUAAACACUGUCACGUCACAGCGGGGCGGGACUUCUGGGCUCUGACUUGACUCCACACUUGGCUUGUAUACUGCUGAGGACACAAGGAAGCACAGUGUCGAGUGUGAAGUUAUUUAGACACAUGGU